UUCAAGCCACAUUUGACAUUUAAACUAGCCUUUUGUAUGACCCUUCCACUUGCCUGACAUAAUAUUUUCCUGCAAGACUAUUUCCCUUGAAUGAAAUAUACAAAUUAAGCUACUGAGAAUCGCCUCAAGACCUUUUUGCACUUUGUGGGUUGAACAAUUCCACUUUAGAAAUCUGGAGACUAGCAUGCUGUAGUCAGGAUGUGUGUCAACCUGCGUGCUGUGCUACUUUUAGAAUUCUGCUCUAAACCACAUGCACUGAAAAAUUGUGGCUUAUUGUUCUGAAGAGCACCUUAGCCUCAGUGGUCUUCAUGCAUGCUCGCACAGUAUUGUCUCAUCCAGAAGAAGGUUAGACAAUGGGGUGCAUUGCAUAAUGAGUUCAACCCUUGGGACCUGCUAUUUUAAUUGUCUUUUCUACAAGGUGACAAAACAUCUUUAACCCGUUUGCUUUUCAGGUCUUGCAUUUGAACAUAUAAGGUCGCCUGGUUGACAAUCAAGGUAUUUUCAAAAUAUUUAAUUUCAUUUAAAAUGAAUAACAUUUUUCUUGCGUCUUUCUCUUUUCAGUUCCAAUGAAACAUCUCGCUCAGAUUUUUAAAAAACAUGUAAUGCUUUUGGUGUUGUUAUGGCAAAUAACAGUUUACAUCAUUUUAACCAUAACAAACUUGAUUUCGGACACAUAUUUCUAAUCUGCAUCUUUGCUGUUACCAUGUUCUUCAUGAUUGUUCUUGGAUGCUUUUGCCUAAAAAAGUAUCGGUCAAUGAAGAAGAGCAUACGGGAGCUGAGGCAAAGGAGAUCUGUGAUCCCCCAGGUACCUUCCCAAGAAUCUCCCCCUCCAUCUCCUAAUGUCCUGAAAAUUUCUGAACUGCCGGGUCGUGCUACAGAGAACCCUUUACAGAGACAGCAAACUAAAUCAAGCUACAGAUUUCCCUGGAAGCCUCCGCUACAGGUUCCUCGGUUCACAAAAGCAGACCUGAGCCUUAUUCAGCUCAUAAAGGCGGGUAGAGAAGGAGUCUUCUACAAAGCAAGGAUAAUAAGGGGCACAUGUAGAGGCCAUUCACUGGUCACUUGCAAAAUUGGAAAAGAAGGUAUCACCCCAAAGCAGAUGGAAAAUGAGGUGUCUAUAAUGAGAAAGCUGGCGUAUCAUAAAAAUGUGAUGCAGCUGCUGGACUGGAAUACAGCGGAACAGCCGUAUAUGCUGCUUAUGGAGUUCAUGAGCUACGGAACCCUGCGCAGUUUCGUUCAGAAACACAAAGAUGAACUGAUUGCCGACCCUGAACUGCAGAGCCAGUUCACCAUCGCGUCCUACCACAUCGCCCUGGCCAUGGAGCACUUACGCUCCAAAAUGGUGGUGCACAGUGACCUUGCUUUAAGGAACAUUCUGGUGAGCCGAUUCCCAUGGGAGGUGAAGGUAGCAGAGUUCGGCCUGGCCAGAGACUUGACCCGUAUGAGGAGCAGACACAGCAGCAGGAAAAAACAACACAAGGAGCGUGUGCCGCUGCGCUGGUAUCCUCCAGAAUACUUCAGGAGCAACUACUACAGCUUUAAAGGAGAUGUCUGGGCAUUUGGCAUUGUGCUGUGGGAAAUGCAGACAUUCGGCACCUUGCCGUAUCCAGAUCUGAACACAUCUGAGCAAGUGGUGUAUAGCGUCUGUGCUGGUUAUAAGAACACUGUCCCCAAUACCUGCCGUCCAGAAAUAGAACAGGUCAUGCAAGACAUUGUUAAUAUCCUGGAGAGUAUCGUGGAGAGUGAUGGGGAUUAUGUGAACGUUGACAACCAAAGGAUCAUGAAUGCAGAAGAGAAUUAA